AUGAGUCGAAACUCAACAUAUGCUGAUUACCUAGUAAUUUCAGCAACAGCAAUAGUUCUAAAUAAAAAUAUUAUUAUACAUGAAUUAGGUAAAAUGCCUAUAUUGAUUCCCGCAUCAGAUUUCAUUGAACAUCAGUUACAUAUAUGUUAUCAUCCUGAUAUUUUGCGUUAUGAUAGUGUUUUAUCAUUUGAUGAUAACUCUGCGUUUCUUUCUACUGAAAAUAUUUUAAUAACUUAA